AUGGAAUUUAUUGCUAUAAUUGUUCUCUCACUUCUACAUUUUAGUCCAGGUAAUUCAGUUACUGCUAACAAUAAUAUAUCACAAGAAGAUUUAUCAACGAGAUGUUUGAGGGAAGAAAUUAAUCUAACACAAGUGUAUUUUUCAUUUGGUUUUAUGAAUUCAUUUUAUAAUUUUGUUCAAAAGAUAUGCCAUCAUAUGCAAUCAACAAUGAACGAUUGUUAUCAAAAGAAAUUAGUGGGUAUAAUAUUAUCAUCAAAUAAUUAUUUUCAUGCCGAAAAUAUUUAUCAUUUGUUACUACAACAGCCAUGGUCAAUGAUAAUGUUAAUAUUAAACAUGUUAUACAUCAUUUUACUACCAAUCUGUGGUAUUUUAUUCUUUUGUGAUUCAUGCGUUUGUGUUACUGCUGAUUCAUUAUCAUCUUCUGAAAUUUUAGAAAUUACCGAAGAGAAUAAAAUAUCAAAAUAUCUAUUUGCAUUGAGUCUAAUAAUGAUGAUUAUAACAGUCACAGUGAUUUUAAUACUAAUGAUUGCGUAUCUUGAAAGUGUCCGGCAUACUGUAACCGGAUCAAAUGGAAUUAGCCAAUCAAUGAGUAGUAUUUAUACAGAUAUCAAUCUACUUACUAAUGCUACAUCCACUGAUGUAACUUGUAAAUUGAACAAAACAUUACAAAAAUUGUGUAUUGGAAUCAAUAAUACCAUUCAAGAAUUGCCGAAUAGAAUUAUUCAAACGCUUAAACAAGACUAUCCUAUUACAUCGUUAUCAGUGGUGAUUGAAAGAUUUGAGAUUAAAAAUGUCAUCGAUUUCAUUGAUAAUAUCAUAUUAACAAUUACAUCAACGAAAAUACUGGCAAGUAAUUUACCGAAAACUUUGUAUCAACAAUCAUCUAUGCAAAAUAUAAUCGAUACACUACAAAGAAUUGAAAAUCGUGUGACAGCAUUAUUACAGCAAUACAAUGAUACACUCAAAGCAACAAACAAUACCCGAAAUAAUGUUGAAUUUUAUUUGGACAAUAUCAUCGAGACGGUCGUUUAUUUUUAUGCUAAUUUUAAUUUUAUAUUUAAAUUUAAGAAGUGA